AUGCAAAUGAAUGAGGAAAUAUUUCAAACUUUGCGGAAAUCUUAUUUUUGUCGGGUAUCAUACCUGAUCUGGAAGGCACAGAGCGAGGACAUGUUAUUUUUAGUCUGUUUAUCUGUUAUUGUGAUGUUAACUGAAGCAUGCGAAAAACCCAUGUGUUCGAUACAGAAUCCUGUUGAUGUACAGUGCAACAUGGAGAUGAAAGAUAUGAUAAAUGCAGAUGACGUUGAACCAAGGCUAUGUAGCGAUGGCGUUAAAAUAACGCAACAUACUAUGACCAGACCCAUACGUCAAAAUUCUAAAGAAUCGUACAUAAAUGGGACAUUUAUAAUACAUGUGACAAGAGGCGGAAGAAGACACAAAUACAGGACACUUUUUAUGGAAGUUAAACAACAAGGACAAAACACAAUUAGGCAUUUCAUCCACAUACAAAAGAGGGAGGGAAUGAUAAGGGAAAACAUGAAAGUGUCUCUGUCUUGUUUGCCGAUAUCCAGAGAAAGUCCUAUUUCAGUCGGAAUUGCGGGCGAAUUAAAUCAUGCGAAGAAAAAUGAUUGUGAGCAAGAGAAUAAGAGAUUCCGACAAACACUCCUUGAUUUCAAAGAAAAUCAACUACUAACAUUUUCAUCGAAGGCACAAGUCUGGUCAAAGGUUAAGUCUUCACACAGAUUAAAGAGAAGCAAACUGAAGAAAAUAAAAAAUGAAAAAAAUUGCACCGUGGAUUUAACAAAUAAAACAGUAACGCAUUAUUGGAAGAAACCAACAAACACAAGGAUCGAUAAGUGUGGUAUCAUUGGUGUCGAGGGAAUGAUUGAGGGGGAAUGGGAAGAAAAAGACGGGAUGAGUUAUUGCAUCACGAAAUAUACGACCCCGAAUAACUAUUUCUCCAGGAUAUUUUACUUCAAACAAAAUAACAAGCGGUACACUGCUGCUCCAUGUCAUUUUGUAAAAGAGAAUCUCGAACAUAACAGUGCAUCAACUCUUAAAAUAGCUGCUCUUUCGGAAAGAAAAGACAAUGCCUUGGAUGAAACCUUGAUAAUUGUUCUAGCACUUCUACUAUUUGGAAUAGUUCUUUUACUGUUAGCCAUUGCUGGUCUUGUUCAUAGCAGGAAAAAGCGUCAUAGAAUUCCAGAACCGUAUCCACACGAGAGAACAAACAUUUCUGAAUCUUCUGAACCAACAGCAAUGAUUAUAACUGUGGACCAAUAUAGCAGAGACAUUUCCCAGCUAACAAGUUUACUUCAUAGUCGAAAAAUUAAGGUUGUAACUGCGGAAUCCUCCUCUCAAGAAAAUAUGAGGAGUCGUCACGACUGGCUGGAGAAAACGGUGUCCAACAGCAACCAUUACAUCUUCAUCGUGAACAAACAAAUGGAUGAAAUAUUCAAAGCAAAAUUUAAUGAACCUCUGAAAGAAAAGACUGAAAUUUCAAGUAAUUGGUCGACAGAGUAUGAGGGUGGGGCAUGCGCAUAUACAAUAGUUUUGAUUAGAAACGAAUUCAUUAAAAGCUUGACAGACUCCGGAAGUUCACGUAAAUCUUGUCAUCUUGUUAGCUUUGAAGAAGACGAUGAAAUGAUCGUCUCACAACUAAAACACAAAUUCAGUUUAUUUCAGUGCAUUAAAACACACUGCUACAAUUUGUACUCUAACAAACAAUUCAGAUAUAAUGCCGCAUGUCGUAUGAUAAACAAUAUAAAGAAAACAGAAAAAUCGAGAGACUGCAGGACCACUCAGCAAAUCUCAUCGGGCAAUACACAUACAGUAAACGACAUGGAUAUCGAAAGUGCCUUUUUAUCUGUAAAUAUUUCUUCAAAGCAUUACUUCAUUCCUCAAAGCGCAAUUGAAGACACAGAUUUGGGAUCGGAUAUUGACGUCACAAGUGAUUUAUUGGAAAAAUGAAGUUAGGUUGAUAUGCCUCGAUGUCAUUUGUUGAGACCCAGUGUCAAGGAAGUAUCCUAUGAAAUGUAUAGGUGUUAAACAACUUAUGGAGUUAAUAUACUGGUAGAUAAUUUUGUUAAACAUUAAUAUAAUUUCAGAUGUUCUUGAACUUCUUCUUAUAUGUUGAUGUUGUCUUUAUGUGUUGUGUAUUUCAUUCCAUCAUUAUUGUAGUAUGUAUUUUUUUUUUUACAUUUAAUUCUAUACGUAACCACAUGCUGCUAAAUCAGCACAAUAUUUAGUUCAAUCCUGUCUGGAUAUAAAACCAAUUUUAUGCUAAGUAAUGAAAGCUUUAUUUUUUUUCUUUCUUUGGUUGUGUAAAACAAGUUCGUAAUUUGUACAUUGUUUUCAUUGCUAUCAUGUACAUGUUUAUGUCAGAGAGAUGUCUAGUCAUUUUUAUUUUAAAAAUGCAGCCUAGAUUUUAUCAGUAUAGAGUUAUUUUAGCGUGCUGUAAUGACAGAAUGCAUUUUUAUGUAUUUGAAACAGUGUGUAAUACGCAUGAAGUUUUACUAAAAUAUUGCUUUAUUUUAACGAUGAUCAUCAUAUCGAAAUUAUAUCUAGUCAGUAAAUCAAAAAUUAAAAUUAAUUGACAUAUUUACUUGAAAUUUUACACGGUUAUAUGUCUCCGGGAAUUGAAAUAUACCUAUAUAUAUUAGUCUAUCCCCGACCACAGAUUGUCUCAUGCAAAAAAAAAAUCUUCC